AUUGGUAACGAUCUGUAACAAUCACUUGUGAGGUAACAAUCACUUGUGAGUCAUCAACAGCACUGCCCUAUCAGUGAAGUCAAAGACUGAAGAGGAACUCUUUCAAACCUUUCAAGUGCCCCCUCCUUUCCUUAAAGUCUUUUAUAGGGGUCCCCUUCUUGGCCAUCUCCAUCCUGUGAGUCAGGACUGAAAGGGCACAGACAGGUCACCGCCAGCAUUGUUGGGGCAAGCCUGCAAGCAUGCAUCACUGGGGAUCUGACAUGACAAUGGCCGCCUGCCCCCUCUGAGGGCUACAGGACUUACCCCCGUGGGAAGCAGCUAAGCAGGUCUGACCAGCCGACCUGGACCUGGCCAAGGGUCCUGUCAUCCCUCAUGGCCACCCCGCCAUUCCGGCUGAUAAGGAAGAUGUUUUCCUUCAAGGUGAGCAGAUGGAUGGGGCUUGCCUGCUUCCGGUCCCUGGCGGCAUCCUCUCCCAGUAUUCGCCAGAAGAAACUAAUGCACAAGCUGCAGGAGGAAAAGGCUUUUCGCGAAGAGAUGAAAACUUUUCGUGAAAAAAUAGAGGACUUCAGGGAAGAGAUGUGGACUUUCCGAGGCAAGAUCCACGCUUUCCGGGGCCAGAUCCUGGGUUUUUGGGAAGAGGAGAGACCUUUCUGGGAAGAGGAGAAAACCUUCUGGAAAGAGGAAAAAUCCUUCUGGGAAAUGGAACAGUCUUUCAGGGAGGAAGAGAAAACUUUUUGGAAAAAGUACCGCACUUUCUGGAAGGAGGAUAAGGCCUUCUGGAAAGAGGACAAUGCCUUAUGGGAAAGAGACAGGAACCUUGUUCAGGAGGACAAGGCCCUGUGGGAGGAAGAAAAGGCCCUGUGGGUAGAGGAAAGAGCCCUCCUUGAGGGGGAGAAAGCCCUGUGGGAAGAUAAAACGUCCCUCUGGGAGGAAGAGAAUGCCCUCUGGGAGGAAGAGAGGGCCUUCUGGAUGGAGAACAAUGGCCACAUUGCCGGAGAGCAGAUGCUCGAAGAUGGGCCCCACAACGCCAACAGAGGGCAGCGCUUGCUGGCCUUCUCCCGAGGCAGGGCGUAGCCAGCAUGCAGGUGCAGGGCCCUGUGGUCCAGACUCCCCUGGGUUGGGAUUCAAGUCCAGGGUGAGCCCAUGUGCUGGAGAAAAUACACACUUAUUGGUCUCCUUGCUUUGAAAGAUCCAAUAAAGUCCUGAGGCAAGGUUUGGAAAACCAA